AUGGCUGUGAAUUUUCCCUGGAUCUACCCUGUUCGGGUAAUUCAGGCCCUCUUCGGAAUAAUCGUCCUUGCUUUAACCGCAUACUACAUCAGUUGGUUCGCGUAUAGUAGCGACUCGCCCAAUUUCAUGCUUUUCGUGGCGUGCUGGACAGCCUUCAUCGCAACUCCCUAUCUUGCCUUGGCGCCAGUGUUCUUCCCCCAGUUUGCGCAUCGCAUCGUCAUCCCAGCUGUCGAAGUGAUUACCAUGAUAUUCUGGUUUGCAGGAUUCAUCGCCCUAGCCGUAUUCCUCCCACCAACAGAAGCUUGUCACUGGAGCCGUUGCAGUGCGUUACAGGCCGCAGUGGUCUUCGGUGCAUUCGAGUGGGUACUAUUUCUGGUUACUUCCGUUUUCGCUGUCCUCGGCAUUUCGCGUACCCGGUCCAGCUCCAGUACGAAGCCCACCCCUAACGAUAAUACCCACGUUGGCGUCUAA